UCCUGCCGCCAACAUGGCAGCUCCCUGUGUGUCCUGCGGCGCAGCAGCUUCCUACCGGCUCUUUCUUGCGGGUAGGGUUAGCUUUGCCCGGGAACAAGGCCUCUGGAAAGCCGCGGCUGCUGGGCUGCAGACAGGUACCAGCUGCCAGAUAUUAAGGCUCAAACAUUCCCCAGCUGUAACAACAAAGAAAAAUGUUGCAGCCUUAAGACGUGAAAGUUACACAGUGGACUUUAUUAAAAAGCAGAUUGAAGAGUUCAACAUCGGGAAGAGACACUUGGCCAACAUGAUGGGGGAGGACCCAGAAACGUUUACCCAGGAGGAUAUUGAUAGGGCCAUCACUUACCUUUUUCCCAGUGGUUUGUUUGAGAAGCGAGCCCGGCCCAUAAUGAAGCAUCCCGAAGAGAUUUUUCCAAAACAGAGAGCUAUCCAGUGGGGAGAAGAUGGCCGCCCAUUUCAUUUUCUCUUUUACACUGGCAAACAGUCAUACUACUCAUUAAUGCAUGAAGCGUAUGGAAAGGUGCUCCAUGUAGAAGAACGCCAGGACCAGCUGCGAGCCAAAGGUCUGUUUUCAGAAAAACCUAAAACCAAAGACCCGAUUGGUAGCAGAUGGCUGAUUAAGGAGGAACUGGAAGAAAUGUUAGUAGAAAAACUGUCAGAUCAAGACUACGCACAGUUCAUCCGGCUGCUGGAAAGGUUAUCAGCCUUGCCGUGCGAUGCAGCUGAAGAGGAAUUUGUGGGCAGGUUCCGCAGGACAGUGACCGUUCAGUCGAAGAAGCAUCUGAUCGAGCCUUUGCAGUAUGACGAGCAGGGCAUGGCCUUCAGCACAGGCCAAGGUAAGAGAAAGACUGCAAAUGCGGAGGCGGUUGUUUAUGGCCAUGGAAGUGGGAAGAUAGAAAUAAAUGGGGUCGACUACCUGCUCUACUUCCCAGUGACCCAAGACAGAGAGCAGCUCAUGUUCCCCUUUCAUUUCCUCGACCGGCUUGGGAAACACGAUGUGACCUGCACGGUGUCAGGGGGCGGGCGGUCGUCGCAGGCGGGGGCCAUCCGCCUGGCCAUGGCCAGAGCCCUGUGCAGCUUCAUCACCGAGGACGAGGUUGAAUGGAUGCGCCAAGCUGGACUGCUCACCACGGAUCCCCGUGUCCGAGAGCGUAAGAAGCCAGGCCAGGAGGGCGCCCGGAGGAAGUUCACCUGGAAGAAGCGCUGAGUGUCCCUUGUGGGAAAGCGAGGGGCGCACGGGAGACCAGGGCCGGCUGGGCGGCUGCCUCGUGAGAUGACUUACUCUAAGAUGCAAUGCUGUGAAGGUCCCUUCUGAAAAUAAUUACUUAAAAUGUUUUAGCUUUGUUCCGCUGCUUCACUUUUAAAACUUUUUCAGAAGAGAGUUUUCAAAGCCUAACUCAGACUCCUGGCGUAUUCGAUCUGAAAGGAACAUUCAGCAAAACCCAGCCAGGAGACCUUUCUCAGAUGGGAAGUCCCAGCCCACGGAUCUGAGCUCUGGAGCCACACCGCUGACCUAAGAGGAGCGCAGACUUGAGCUCCGUCCUCCGCAUGCUGUCGCUUUUCCAGACAGCUACACAUUUUUCACAAUUGAGGGAUGAGAUGCUUGUCAAAAAGAAUGGAGCCAGCGGAGUGUCUUUGUCAGGAGCCCCACCGAGUCGCUGUUGACGACGACAGGCCCGCCUCUCCCGGGCCCCGGCAGCCACCAGUCCUCUGUUUGUUUCUAUGAGUUUGACUUUUGUUUUUGUUUUUUUUUUUCUUUAAGAUUCUGUGUAUAAGGGAUCCCGUACAGUGUU